AUGAGUUUAUUUGACGAUCUCCCCGAGCCAAGUGUGGAAAGCAAUGAUCUGCAGAAACCUGAAAUAUUGGGAGGAGACUCCAGUUGGAAUGAGUCGGAAUCUGUUGUUAAACUUACUCCGUAUCUUUGUUCUGUUGUCGCCAGAAAAGGUGAGAGACCAGAAAUGCAGGAUUCUCAUAUUGUGGUCGACAACUUAGUAGAGCUAAUGUAUCGAGGAGUCUCCAAUGAAAUAGCUAGAGUAUGCUACUUCGCUAUUUUCGAUGGACAUGGAGGAGCUAAAGCAGCUAACUUUGCUUGCAAGCGUUUACAUCAACAUAUAGCUACGCGAUUUCCUCGAGGUGGAAUGCAACAGGUAGAAAAGGAUAUUAAGCGUGUGUUAUACGACUCUUAUAAGAAAACAGAUGAGGAGUUUUUGAGAGAGGCUUGUCAGCAGCGCCCUCACUGGAGAGAUGGUAGUACAGCAGCAACAAUCCUAUUGGUCAAUAACACACUAUACAUUGCAAAUCUUGGUGACUCUAAAGUUGUCCUAGCCAGAUCGGUCGAGUCCCCAUCUGAAUCUAAUAGCGUUGAUGUCAGUGGUAGCAAUACUUUAAGUAAUCCGAAAUUGAAUGCAAUCUGUUUAACGAAAGAUCACAACCCCAUGGAUUAUGAAGAACGACAGCGUAUUCAAGCCACCGGAGCUUCUGUUCAAAAUGGUCGUGUUAAUAGUGUCCUAGAAGUUAGUCGGUCAUUUGGUGACUAUCAAUUUAAAAAACAAGGUGUUACUUGUAUCCCGGAUGUGAAAAAGUGUCAGCUAACGGAUAACGAUCAAUUUCUGUUAAUAGCUUGUGAUGGUCUAUGGAAAAGUUUCCCUCCGAAUGAAGCUGUUCAUCUCACUCAUGAACUUUUGAUGCAAGAGAUUAAAAACUAUGAAAAUGAACAUAGAAAGUCACAAAAUGGUCAAUGUACUGAUUAUUCUCAGAUUUUGUGUCAACGGCACCUGGACUCAGUAUGCGCGCAUUUGGUUAGUGAAGCUGUUCUUCGUAUGUCAGACGAGAAAUUAUGUGUUUCUGAUUGUUCUGUAAUCGAAUUCAACACACAUCCGGUUCGUGAAGUCACUGUUGAAGAAUUUAUUUCGUACUGGACUGGUAAAGCUCAAGGAAAAGAUGAUCGCAUUUUGUAUUUGAAAGAUUGGCAUUACUUUAAAAAAAGUUCGGAAAACAGUUGGUUCACGUUACCUGAAUAUUUUUCUUCUGAUUGGUUAAAUGAAUUUUGGAGCCUACGAAAUGAUCUCUCUGAUGACUUCAAAUUUGUAUAUUUAGGGAGUCGUGGAACGUGGACACCUUUUCACGCUGAUGUGUACCGUUCUUUCAGUUGGUCUGCCAAUAUACUCGGCCACAAGCGCUGGUGGAUUUUUCCUCCUGGUGAAGAAAGAAAGCUCUUAUCAUCCAACGGACAAAUUCCUUUUGAUAUACGCUCCAUUAUAAAAGACAGGACAGAUGUGAAGUAUUAUUUAGUCGACCAAUAUUCUGGACAGACCGUUUUCGUACCUUCCGGAUGGUAUCAUCAGGUUGUAAAUAUGACUGAUUGUAUAUCUAUAAACCAUAAUUGGUUCAAUGCUACAAAUGUAAGUCAUGUUUGGGAUCAUUUACAAGAUCAAUUGAAAGCUGUUGAAGUGUCAACUAAAGACGUAUCUUCUAUUCCUGGAUGGCAUGAAGAGUGUCAAUCUGAAGUAUUGACUUAUGCUGAGUCAAAAAACGUUGGAAAUUCGAAUUGACACUCAUUGGGACAUCACAAAUCUACCACUGUAUCGAAUAUUCAAUUUCUUCGAAAUUAUCAAGUCUAAUAUUGGUAAUGAUACUACGAUAUUGUGUUCUACGUGAAUGAACAAGCUGAUAUAUAUGCAGUACACUGGAUCAAAGUUGCUUUCUUCUAGAAGAAAACUUGGUUCAUAGAGAAUUAGUGCUAUCAGAUCGUUUAAAAUUUAGCGGUCAAAUUAACCAUUGUAUUAUUUUUAAUUUCAAUCCUUACAAAUUGUAUUUUGGUGUACAUGGAAAGUUGUAGAUUCAUUCUGUAAUUCGUUUAGUGUACUUUUUUAUUUCAUAGUGUGUAGUGCUCAUAAAUAAAUUAUUAUUGCCGUUGUAGUAAUUAACCAAUAUUUUGUUACCUCAAACUUGAUAUAUCUUGUUUGAUUUCCAAUAGAUCAUCUUCAUUCACUCCAUCUUGUCUCAUUGUUUUCUUCGAUUGAUGUAUAUAUCUUCUUACAAGUCGACGCAUAACAGUCUGUAAACAAAAACAAACAUUGAUGUGUAUACGUGACUUGAAAUGUUGUUUAACUGUGAAAGGG